GAUACCGGAAGUGAUGCUUCCACACAUUUCCGCUUUCUUUCUGCAGGAGGAACAGUUGGCUGCUGGGUUGGGGGGCGCGGUGGAUAUUGACCUUUGCCCCAGCCUCGUCGCGAGGGCACAGCGCAUCUCCCAGCAGCCUCGUUCCUCUGACAGAACCCGUUUCCGGCUUCCGAGGCUCCAGCGAGAUGUUACUAGUGCUGCUGCUGCUGCCCAUGUGUUGGGCCGUGGAGGUCAAGCGACCCCGGGGCGUCUCCCUCACCAACCAUCACUUCUACGACGAGUCCAAGCCUUUCACUUGCCUGGAUGGUUCUGCCAGUGUCCCUUUUGAUCAGGUCAAUGACGACUACUGUGACUGCAAGGAUGGCUCAGAUGAACCAGGCACAGCCGCCUGUCCCAACGGCAGCUUCCACUGCACCAACACUGGCUACAAGCCCCUGUACAUCUCCUCCAGAUGGGUCAACGAUGGAGUUUGUGACUGCUGCGACGGGACGGACGAAUACAACAGCGGGAUCGUCUGUGAGAACACCUGCAAAGAGAAGGGCCGUAAGGAGAGAGAGACUCUACAGCAGAUGGCGGAGGUGACCCGCGAGGGGUUCCGCCUGAAGAAGAUCCUAAUUGAGGACUGGAAGAAGGCCCGAGAGGAGAAGCAGAAAAAGCUCAUUGAGCUGCAGGCUGGAAAGAAGUCACUGGAGGACGAGGUGGAGUUGCUGCGGACACUGAAGGAAGAAGCUGAGAAGCCAGAGAAGGAGGCCAAGGACCAGCACCGGAAGCUGUGGGAAGAGCAGCUGGCCGCCUCCAAGGCCCAGCGGGAGCAGGAGCUGGCGACCAGUGCCUUCCAGGAGCUGGACGAUGACAUGGACGGGGCGGUCUCCGUGGCCGAGCUGCAGACCCACCCGGAGCUGGACACAGAUGGGGACGGGGCAUUAUCAGAAGGGGAAGCCCAGACCCUCCUCGGGGGAGACACGCAGACAGAUGCUGCUUCCUUCUCUGACCGCAUCUGGGCUGCCAUCCGGGACAAGUACCGGUCCGAGGUGCUGCCCACCGACCCGCCGUCGCCUUCUGCAGCCGACUUGACGGAGCCCAAGGAGGAGCAGCCCCCGGUGCCCUCACAGCCCACAGAGGAGGAGGACGAGGAAGAAGAGGAGACAGAGGAGGAGGAAGAGGGGGAGGAGGGGGAGGAAGAGGAUUCCCAGGUGCAGGGGGAGCAGCCCAAGGAGACCCCAUCCCCAGUCGUGCCCCCCCAGACAGCCAGCCCCACAGAGGAGGACAAAAUGCCGCCCUAUGAUGAGCAGACACAGGCCUUCAUCAAUGCUGCCCAGGAGGCCCGCAACAAGUUUGAAGAGGCCGAGCGGUCCCUGAAGGACGUGGAGGAGUCCAUCAGGAACCUGGAGCAGGAGAUUUCCUUUGAUUUUGGUCCCAAUGGCGAGUUUGCCUACCUGUACAGCCAGUGCUACGAGCUCACCACCAAUGAGUACGUCUACCGGCUCUGCCCCUUCAAGCUCGUCUCGCAGAAACCCAAACUCGGUGGCUCCCCCACCAGCCUCGGCACCUGGGGCUCGUGGGCCGGCCCCGACCACGACAAGUUCAGCGCCAUGAAGUAUGAGCAGGGCACGGGCUGCUGGCAGGGUCCCAACCGCUCCACCACUGUGCGCCUGCUGUGUGGGAAGGAGACAGUGGUGACUAGCACCACGGAGCCCAGCCGCUGCGAGUACCUCAUGGAGCUGAUGACACCGGCCGCCUGCCCAGAGCCACCACCGGAACCGCCUGCCGAGGGCAACCACGAUGAGCUCUAGCCCUGUCCUGCCCCGCCCAGCCCGGCCCAGAGGUGGGUGGGGAGGACCUCAAGAUGUGGAACCAGCCCCCAGCGGUGCUGCCCGCCUGCCCCUCAGUCUGUAGACCAAGACUUGCCCCUCGGGGUCUCUUUGCCCUCCCCAGCGGGCAGGAACUGGGUGGGGCUCCACGCCCUUGCUCUGGGGGCAGGCGGGGCAGAGCCGCGUUCCCCUGGCCCGGGUGCCUCUACAUGUGGAAUAAAGGAGCCUGCCCUCCCUGGGCCCCCGCCCUGGUGGCCCCCCCCCACCCAGGGCAUCUGCCUCCCCUCCUGGUGUGGAAGAGUGACUUGACCUGUGACCUCUAAACAAUAAACGUGAUCUCCCCAA